UUCUUCAUAGCGCUCUCGUCUUGGGGGCGUCGGUAUUUUAAAGCUUGGAGGCGGCAGCUCUAUAUCCUCUUCGCUAUACCCCUUGUCAUCAAUACCCCCCGUUGCAGUACAAACUCUCCCAGCCAGCACCACUGACACCGAUUACCUUUACGUCUCUUCGUCAUGGAUAUUUACACAACAUCAUUCACCUAUCCUCGUGCCUCACCAACCUCCCUUCCGCCCUCUGCUCUCGAUUUUCCGUCGCCAUAUGGUCUGAACUCGUUUGCCAAUGACUCUCAGGCCGCGAAUGCCUUCGCAGUCGAUGCGGAUGCGGUUCAGAAGGUUGUCUUAUCGGCAUCAGCAACCCACGGCUGUCUUGCAUCGUUCACCAAGGCUGCCCAUGGCAGGGGCUGGAACUUCCAUUUGUCAGGGUCUUACCAGCAGGUCAUGGCUGCUCGCGGAAUGAUAUUGCGCGAGUGUCCCACUCAGCAUCGUGCAUCGAUUAAGCUGACACGCUCUGAGAUCCUUGAUCUUCCCUCAACUAACCCCGUGGUCAAGCCGGAGGUACGAGCUCGCCUCGACGAUAUUGCUGCGCAGACCAAUGUGCGCAUCGCCGUUGUUAACAGUCCACAGUCGGUGUCUCUUGCACCGCCAGACGGAGUCGCUGUAGAUGGCAGCUGGAUUGGUCUAGAGACUGAACGCGUAUGCGAGCUUGCAAUUUCGGGCAACAGCGUCGACUGUGUGGAUGUCGCACGUGUUCGUUUGCUCGUCAUGCUCGAUGAGUUGAAUGGGCUUCACUCAGAAAUGUGCGAGAUCGACCACAAACUGCACGCCAUUAUUGCUGGCCGCCGACGCUGCACUAUUCAAUCUAUCCAAGAGGAAACCGGCACGAAUAUUUAUUUCCCUUCUCCCUUGCAAGGUCUCGUUGGUCCGGAAGUCGGCCAAGUACAACAGCCCAUCGGUACCCCACGUCAGAACAACGCGAAUAACAUUGGAAACAACGUUAUCUGGAUCACGGGAGAGUUUUUCGGAGUCCAGCGGGCUCGGGACAUGCUGGUUAAACUUUCCGCCCAGAAAAGCAAACAACUAUUGCCGCGAGAUGCUGCAAUCCUGCCACGGAAACUGGAUUGGAUGCUCACGGAUCGCAUGGACGAUCUGAAGACUAUCAUGAACGACAACGCGACUUUCAUUAAUUUCCCUGCUAUUGGCAGCUCAACUAGCUUAAUCACCGUCUACGGCGAUAAUAAGGUCAACAUACAGCGAACUAUUCGUUCCAUUAUGCAACUCGCAUGUCAAUUCUACGUAACCUCACUCUGGCUUCUACCCGUUCAGUUCAAUGUCCUUCUCCCUCCCUCUACGCUCAACCCAGCGCAGAUGACGAAUGUCCUAAAGCAGAUUUCAGAUAUGUCUGGUGCAGAAGUCGUGUUCAAAAGUAUGUGCUUUGAGAUGCACGGCCUUGAGCAUGAAGUGCGAGCAGCGAUUUCUAUGCUCUUGGAGCUCGACGCCAUCAAAGCCUUCCAGCAUGAGAUUCGCUUCCAGAUAGAGCUUGCCAACGAACACCGGGAAUUCAUCAGUGGAAAGAAGAACGGCAAGAUCAACAAAAUUAUGCAAACGUCCAAUGUCAAAAUUAAAUUUGAGACAUUCAACGACCACAAUUUUCUUAUAGACAUUGCAAGCAACGACGCUGGAGCCCUGCAAGGUCUUAGCCUUCUGCAAGAGGAACUUCCAGCAGAGGUUUCGUUCCAUGUUCCGGAAGCAUAUCACAAGCGUAUAAUUGGUGUCGGUGGCAAGAGUAUUCAACGCAUUAUGAAAAAGUGGGGUGUCUAUGUUAAAUUUUCUAAUGCGGAUGAGUUCGCGGCUCUCGGAGGAUAUCUGGACAACGAGGAUAACGUAGUAGCACGUACACCCGCGAAGAAUGCGAUGAAUCUGGAGAAUUUGAAAGCGGCAGUCACGGAGCUAGUGAAUCCGAAGGAGCGAGACUACAUGACCGAGAAAAUUGCUAUCCCGCGCAGGUAUCAUCGCACCUUACUUGGUGAGAAGAGCAUCUUCAUUCACGACAUCGAGAGCAAGACAAACUGCAAGUUCCGGUUCCCGGACAAGGAGACAGCCUCAGACGUCAUUUCUAUUUUUGGACCGGAGUCGCAAGUACACAUUGCAGCCACGAUGCUUCUGGGUCAUGUUCCCUUCGAGGCGGAGCUAAGCCUUCCUCCAAGCGCUGACAUCGGACGAGUCUGCAGUUCACCUGAAUUCCUUGCGUUCACAGAGCGCAUUAAGCGCGAUUUCCAGGUCUCCAUAGUUCCGAACAUUAAGAGUAAGGCGAAUAACUCUCCGUCUGUCUCACCCGGAGAGUGCUCGAUCAAGUUUAUCUGUCAGCGCAGCAACAGUGACUUCCUUGCUACCGCGCGUGAACACCUCGAGCAGUUCUUCGUUUCUCAGAAUGUACCUUUCUAUCCGACAUUCAGAACUCACAGGCGCGCUGACUCGUUCGCGGAGUCACUUCCUCACUUCGACAGCAAGCUCCUUUCUGCCGCGCACAGUAACAAAUCUGCAUCUUUCAGCCUCCCGUCUCGGCGACUGACGUCGAACAUCCCUGCAGCUACUCCACCUGAGGCGUCCGUGGACAGACGUCUCAGGAUGGCUAGCUCUUCUCCAGACGUGAAGGCAUUGUUUGAUAGCCACAGCCGUGGACAUGUUCACAGCCAUUCUGCGCAACAACCGCCUACUUUCUUGUACAACAUCGAGCAGGAGGACAACACGGAGACCGAUUCCGUUUAUGACUCACCUUCUGCUGACUAUUGGACUCCACUUCCUAUUAUUGGUGCACAGCAGCCACUGGUGCGGACACAUCAAUCGGAAGAGUCACUCAAGCGUGGCUCGGAUUCACUCCUGCAGGAGAAAAUCAAGGAUAAGCUCAACAAGCCUCGUUCUAUGCAAAACCGCGCGCAGUCUCUCGACCUCACAUACUCACUCGCACGGAUUACGGAAGCUGGCACGGUGAUGCCAGAGUCGCCGACAACAUCUAUCCCAGAUGAGGACACCUCGCGUCCAACUUCUGCGACUGUCCCGAGCUUCCCGAGCGUAUAUGGUCCCCCCGGAUCUGGUAACGCUGGUUUGCAGCACACACCGCUGCGUGCAAACUCCCUACAACCCGCUCGUGCAGCUCGCAUACUUGACGAAGAAAGCGUCGAUGAAGUCGCUCGUGUCAUCUCCAAUCUCGGAUUGUAAGCAAACAAAAGGUCUACUGACGGAUAGCAUUUUUCUGGAAUUCUAAACCCUAAAACCCACCCACCCAUCAUGUUCUUCAAAUUCUAAAAAUGGGUCGAGACAGUGCACUGGGUUACUGACCUCGAUGGGACACUGGACACCUAUCUUCAUAUAUUGUUUCCUUUUUAUAUCUCUUCUGCUAUAUCUCUCUGCAAUCUAUACUCCAAUCUCCCCCUUGUGUUUUGUUUACCUACGCCCAAACUCCACUAUCUGUCUGCCUGCUGCGUGCUUUCGUUUCCACCUAAAGAGAAAUCGUUACUAUUCUUUUUAAUCGUCUCUUUUCUUUUCCUGUGUUCUGUGUUCUGUGUUCUGCGUGUCGUUUUGUGUCAGGGAUAUGUCAUUGUUCAAUGCUAGACCGUCU